AUGCCUUCUGUCAGCACUAUCAUCACUGCCCUCGUGGCUGGUCUCGCUAUUGGAGCUCAAGCUGGUCCUUGUAGACCCCAUCCUCCAAGCUCUGUUGUCCAGUCUCGGGUGACCACUACUGCAUAUGCUCAACCUACCGCUGAGACUUCUAUCGUACACUCUGAUGCUGCGAGCAAAUCUGAAACCGAGGCUUCUCUUUCUACCACCGCAUACGCUCAUCCUACCACCGAGACUUCUAUCGCAUACCCCGAUGUUGUGAGUGAGUCUGAGACGGAGGAUUCUCUUUCUACUACUACUGCUGUGCAAGUCACCAGCUCUGGAGAGACCGAGACCGCACCUAUCACCACUGAUGAGGAGACCACUACAACUGGUUACCCUGCUGCAGAGUCUACCUCUGUUGCUUCUAAUUCUCUUACCACCGAAUCCGCUGUCGAAUCUACCACUACUGUUCAGGAGGCUACAUCCUCUCUUCCUUCCACCAAGCAAGAGAACAGCUCAACUCUUCUCACCACUACUUCGUUUCUCUCAACUACCACACAAGCUGAGGAUGUUCCUUCAACAACAGCUGCUCCCACGACUACGUCCUCCGAGCCAACUACCACAACAUCUGAAGCUUCCACCACAACAUCCGAGGCCUCUUCUUCCAACUGUGCAAACAAGUCCAACCUCACCUGCGGCAAGACAGGAUUUCUCUCCAACAGCGACAACAAGCUCCUCGAUAUUAUUUACAACCGGGAUCUCGAAGAAUGCAAGGCUGAUUGUAAAGCAAACGAUGAGUGCGAGGCCAUUGGUAUUACUACAAGUGGCCAGUGCGAACUCUACAAGGCCGACAUUUCUGCCAUGGGAUUUGAGGGUCAGGAUCCAUGGUACUACUCCGUCUACGAUGCUUGCUGCUUUGAGGAUGAGCAAUAA